AUGUCCGGGAGUACAUCAUUGCCGUUGACAUUGGUGUGCAGCAGCAGCUUGGAAGGCGUCCUGAGCCCAAUCAUCGAGCAGGCAGAAUACGUGUAUACGCUGUCGAGCGCAAGUCCAGUGCCAUGCGUAGCUGAUUCAUUGGCAGGCGCUGCGAGUGAGACGGUCCUGGUCAGAGCAGAAGAUGAACCACUCCUACGAGAGUCACAGCGACGAUUUGUUCUAUUUCCUAUCCAGUACGACGAUAUAUGGGCCAUGUAUAAACAGGCUCAGGCAUCCUUCUGGACGUCGGAAGAAAUCACUCUCGCGUACGACAUGCGUGAUUGGACGGAACGACUUGAUGACAACGAACGCAAUUUCAUCAAACACGUCCUGGCCUUCUUCGCCGCCUCCGAUGGAAUUGUCAACGAGAACCUCGUUGAGCGCUUUUCCAACGAGGUUCAGGCAGCUGAAGCGCGCUGCUUCUACGGCUUCCAGAUAAUGAUGGAGAAUAUCCACUCGGAAACCUACUCCUUACUCAUCGACACCUACAUCAAGGAUCCCCAAGAGCGAGAUCACCUCUUCGCUGCCAUUGAGACAAUUCCAUGUAUCAAGCGAAAGGCAGACUGGGCCCUUCGAUGGAUAUCCGACAAAUCAUCGACAUUUGCGGAGCGACUGGUGGCCUUCGCGGCUGUGGAAGGGAUAUUCUUUUCCGGUUCCUUUGCGGCGAUCUUCUGGCUGAAGAAGCGCGGGCUUAUGCCUGGUCUCACCUUUUCCAACGAACUCAUCAGUCGCGACGAAGGCAUGCACACCGAAUUUGCCUGCCUCCUAUUUUCCCAUCUGCGACACCGGCCCCACCCCUCUGUGGUACAGAGAAUAGUAAAGGAGGCAGUCGCCAUAGAGCAUGAGUUCCUUUCUGAUGCUCUCCCCGUCUCCUUAAUCGGCAUGAACGCCGCCCUCAUGCGACAAUACAUAGAAUUCGUUGCCGACCGAUUGUUAUACAGCCUCGGUCAGAACAAGAUUUACAACGCUACCAACCCCUUCGACUUCAUGGAUAUGAUCUCGCUGCAAGGAAAGACCAAUUUCUUCGAGAAGAGGGUGUCAGAGUACGCCAAAGCCAACGUGCAGCAUAACUUUACUACGGAUGAGGACUUCUGA